AUGCGCUGGGUCUCCAAGCUCCUGGCCCUGGCGGCGACAGGUGCAUUGGGGACGAAUGCUCUGGAAACCUCAAUUUUCACCUUUCCUUCUGACGGUGAAGGCUACAAGAGCGCUGUUCCCGAGCAACAGAUUGUAUCGGAAGAUGUUGCCCGACUUAUCCUAGAGCUUCGCGGCCAUUCUUCUCUGGCAUCGGUCCUUGGUCAAGUGGAGACAGAUGCCGUUGGUCAUCUAAAUCAGUUUGCCGAUGCUCAAUCCACCCUUUUCGGUGGUUCUGAUAGCAAUGAGUCUCCCGGGAAAAGCAUCAUCUUCUUCGAGGGUGUUAAUCAGGAAGUCGGCCUGAGACUACGGAAGAAGCAGCCUCACAGCCUCAUAGUUCCUCAUAGUUCCUCAAAUCUGGCCGAUGAUUCACUAGAGUCUCUUGUGGAAAACGAUAGCAAUGGCAAACACUGCAUCUAUCUCAAGGAUGCCAAUGGGGUGGAUUCGAAUACUGCUCAGUCUGUCAAUGACUGUCUCCUCGUGGAUCCUGUUCUCGCUCAUGCAACUGGCUUGUUUGGCCCUAAUCUUCUCGACUUGAUCGGGUCAGUGGAAACUUGGGUCAGCAAAGAUCAACAGACAACCGCUUCAAGGCUUUCACUUAAGGCGAGCUCCAAUGAUGAUGUAUUCGUCAUCAAAUCUCUUCAAUCAAUCAUCCAGUAUCUGGCCAAGCAGUCCUCAUUGAGAAAUCGAGAAAUCACUGCUGUACUUCUACCUGACACUCAAGGAUCUCGAAACUCUGCGCAGAUCCUUAGGCGAGACUCGAGAGUCUUGUCUAGAUCAUCUGCAUCGGGUGCACAAGAUGCACUUCGGAGAUCUGCUCAAGACCUGCCCCUUCACUCGAAUCUUGCCCCUGUUUGUCAUGUCUCCAACUCAUCUUGUGCUGAAGCAACAAACAAUUGCUCUGGUCACGGGUCUUGCUAUCUGAAAUAUGGAUCUGGUGAGGAGGGAUCUACUGGCAACUGCUACGCGUGUCGAUGCCAGCAAACAGUGGUGCGGAAGAGUGAUGGCACCAUUCAGAAGAUCCAGUGGGGUGGACCUGCCUGUCAGAAGAAAGACAUUAGCUCACCUUUCUUCCUCAUUGCUGGUGUCAGCGUCUUGGCAAUUCUUAUGGUGGGUAGCGCUAUCGGUAUGCUCUUUAGCAUGGGGCAAGAGGAGCUCCCCAGUGUGAUAAGUGCUGGCGUUGGUGGAUCCAAGGCACAAUCAUAA